UUGGGAACUCAUGUCGCACGUCUAUGAAGAGAGAGCCACAAUGAUAGCCGCAGGCGAAUUGCAGUCGUUUGUCCCGUUCGGUCGUGAGCACUGCAAAAAUCACCCGAAUGCCGUGAAUCUCCAGCUGCGGCAGCUCCAGCCGGCCUCUGAGCUCUGGUCCUCUGACGGGGCGGCUGGACUCGUGGGAUCCCUUCAGGAGGUCACUCUACAGGAGCGCGAGAAGGAGCGCUGGCAGCUGAGGAAGGGAACUGCUCCUGAUGAGGUUGAAUAUGAGGAGGAGCUGUAUGUGGCUGGAAACAUGGUCAUAUGGAGUCGUGGCAGUAAGAAUCAAGCCUCGUAUGUGUACAAGGCCUUCACGGUGGACAGCCCAGUUCAGCAGGCUCUAUGGUGUAAUUUCACUGUCCCUCAGUCUAAAAAGAAUGUAAAGGACGUUGUGGAGCAGACGGUGUGUAUCGUCCAGAGCACUUGUGUGAAUGUCCACAGCAUGAGUGGGAAAGACUUCAUGUCUCCACUGCCAUUCCAGGUCUCCGCUCUCUGGUCAACAAAGUUUGGCCUUCUUUUGGAGCGUAAAAAUAUUAUAGUUGAUGGCAACAUAAGCCCCAUCAGGGAACCUCUCCCGACUCUGUUCAGCAUGCUGCAUCCGUUAGAUGAAAUCGCUCCUGUUGUUUGUAAGUCCACUGGUCUCUUUGAGUCCCGUCUCCAGUAUGUUUCAGACAGCGCUCUGAGAGUGGUGUUCACCUGCCACGAGCCCUCCAUUAUCAUGACGUACGACACACAGCAGUGCACACACACCGUCUGGACCCUGCGCAAAGCCACACCUGAGGAGCAGACCACUGUAUUAAAGUGUCCAGACCAGGCCGGGCCAGUUCACACUCCCAAUGCGGCCCCCAGCCUCCUCAGCACCCACCUGAGAAACGUGACCCGGCUGGACUCGCCCGCCUCACCCCUACACUGCCAUGUCCUACACAACCAGAGCCGAAUCCCCGCCUCUCCGGGCCUACACUCACGCGCUCACUCGCCCAGCAUUUCAAACAUGGCUGCUCUCAGUCGGGCUCAUUCACCUGGCAUCGCCGCGCCCUCCUUCUCUGGAGCUCAGCGCUUCAACAUGUCAUGCCACACGCCGUCCCCGCGAGGCCACAGCAUCCUGACCUCACCCAACAGCACCCUGAAUGAUACAGCCCUGCUUCAGGAAAUGGAGCCAAUACUUCCAGACCUCUGCAUUGAGCAGCUGUGGACAGAAACCAGCGCUAUCUCCAGGGAGAAAGGCUGCCAGGCCUCUAAGGUCUUCAUCACCUCUGACCUGUGUGAGAACAGGUACCUGUGCUUCCUGGUCGAGUCUCACCAGCAGCUCAGGUGUGUCAAAUUUCUUGAGAGCAAUGAAACUUCUCAACUGAUAUUUGCGUCAGUGACCGUUAUCACCGCAAAAGAUGCUGCCCCUCUUGAGGACAUUCAUACCAUGCUGGUGCUUGAGGCCAAUGGAAGUCUGGUCUUGUACACAGGAGUCACACGGGUCAGCAAAGUAUUUAUCCCUGGCCUUCUGUCUCCUACCUUCAGUGUGCAAAACCACCAGCCGCAGUUAAGCACCCCUCUGGAGAACAUAAGCACCCCCGCCAGGGCCACAGUUCAGCAUAUGAGCCGACUGGAGGAGGUUGGCAUGCCGUCUCCGGUGUUGGAGGUGCGUAGCUCGUCACAGCACCACGAGUCAUCCUGGCUGGAAGACACUCCGUUCCAGCAGGCUGCACCUCACAUCCACACCUUCAGAGACCCUGUCAGCAACAGAGUCACGCUGGAAUUGAGCUCCGGUUCCAUGUUAAGAAUCACCAUUCCUGAGGUGGCCACUUCAGAGCUGGUCAAACGAUGCCUGCAGGCCAUCAGGUUUAUUUUACCCAAGGACACUGCCAUGAAAGUGCUGGUCAAGUGGUACAACAGUUACAAUGCCCCUGGAGGUCCCAGCAUGCACCUGGAGUGGAACCUGUUUGUUACAUGCCUAAUGACAAUGAUGGGUUACAACACCGAACGACUGACGUGGACACGCAAUCUUCAUUUUGAAGUGCCUCUCUCUCCAGUAAUAGCCCCUAAGAAGGCCCGUCCUGCUGACACGGGUUCGGAUGAGGAUUGGGGAUACCUCAGAUGCUCUGACUACCAUUGGCAGGUUUCCAUGCAACCUGCGUUGGCCGUUCAGGGCCUGGAGCCGGUGUGGCCCCCCGGUGGAGUGGAUAACCACCAGUCAGCUCUGGGUUUAGAGUCGUCUGCCAUGCUCUUUCCACACAUCCCGGUGCUCUUCUACGUUCUGCAUCUGCUCUAUGAAGACCUGAAGCUGGACGAGCUGCAGCGGAGUGGGGCGAGAGCUCUGGUCGGUCUGCUGCAACAGCUGGCCAAGGACCUGCAACUGGAGGAUUUCAUUGAUCUGUACUGGCGCGAUUACCCCUCAUUCAUCAAAACCUUCAAGGAGGCCUGCGUGAUUGAUCAAGCUCAGAUGGAGCUGAUGACUUGGCCGGUGUUCCUGGACGGGGAGGCCCCGUGUGUGUUCAGCUGGCUCAGUCGCUGUCUGAGAGGGCAAGAUGUGACGCCUUUUCCUUGUCUGCCCGGCAUCUGUGAGAGAACCAAACUACUGGUGCUGAGUUAUGCCCUGUAUGUGGUUGGAGAUGAGGAUGCGAUCUCGACAAACAUGUUGAAGUACCUCUCCAGGCUGUCAGCAGGGCAAAAGAAAAACACGAGUGAUCCUUUUCUGAGAAGGCAGAGCAGCGUGAAGCCCGCACCUUCGUCUGGAUCCCUGGCUGAGAAGCUGGUGGUGUGGUUGACCUCUGCAGGAUUUACAUUGAAGGAUCUGGAGUCGGUUCCGUUUGGUGUGGCUCUGCCAAUCAGAGACGCCAUCUACCAAUGCAGAGAGCAUCCCUGCUCUGAUUGGUCUGAAGAGGUCUGCGCUCUGAUUGGGCGACAGGACCUGACUAAACAAGCUCACAAAGUGACCCUUGCCAAUCGUAAAUCGACUGUGGGUCUGAAUGUUAUGCUUGAGCCGCCAGUGACCAGUGAGGCCGAUGAGGAGGAGGACGGUAUGACAGACCUGCACCCAGAGGUGACGGGGCUGAUCUGGAGUCAGGAUCUGAGGGUACAGGAGGUCCGCCGUCUGCUCCAGAGCUCCAGACCCAUCCGGGUCAAUGUGCCCCACCUGCCUGAAGUCAGUGACCAUGAGUACAUAGAGGAGAAAGAGAACAAGCUGCUGCAGUUGUGCCAGCGCACUAUGGCUCUUCCGGUGGGACGGGGACUCUUUACUCUUUUCUCAUACCAUCCUGUGCCAACCGAACCACUCCCUGUGCCCAAACUCAACCUGACUGGCCGCGCUCCUCCCAGGAACACCAUGGUGGACCUGAACAGCGGUAACAUCGAUGUGCCACCCAACAUGACCUGCUGGCCCAGCUUUCAUAACGGAGUGGCGGCUGGCCUUAAGAUCGCCCCUGCCUCUCAGGUGGAAUCUGCCUGGAUUGCAUACAACAAACCCAAAAGUGCUGACCUGGCCAAUGAAUACGCCGGUUUCCUCAUGGCCCUGGGCCUCAAUGGCCACCUCACUAAACUAGCAACACUUAACAUCCAUGACUACCUCACCAAGGGUCACGAGAUGACGAGUAUCGGGCUGCUGUUGGGUGUUUCUGCUGCCAAACUGGGCACCAUGGACAUGUCCAUCACCCGUCUGCUAAGCAUCCACAUUCCCGCGCUGCUGCCGCCCACCUCCACUGAGCUGGAUGUUCCUCACAGCGUGCAAGUGGCUGCUGUGGUCGGCAUUGGCCUGAUUUACCAGGGCACCGGGCACCGGCACAAUGCAGAGGUGUUGUUGGCAGAGAUCGGACGUCCACCUGGUCCUGAGAUGGAGUACUGUACGGAUAGGGAGUCCUACUCCCUAGCAGCAGGACUGGCACUUGGCAUGGUCUGCCUGGGACAUGGCAGUAACCUGAUCGGGAUGACUGACCUGAACGUGCCCGAGCAGCUCUAUCAGUAUAUGGUGGGAGGUCAUCGGCGCAUGCAUGCUGGCAUCAACAGAGAGAAACACAAGUCUCCCAGCUAUCAGAUCAAGGAGGGUGACACUAUCAAUGUGGACGUGACCUGUCCUGGUGCAACACUCGCCCUAGCCAUGAUUUACCUGAAAACAAACAAUAGGUCUGUAGCUGAUUGGCUGAAAGCCCCGGACACCAUGUUCCUGCUGGACUUCAUCAAGCCUGAGUUUUUGCUGCUGAGGACGCUGGCCAGAUGUCUUAUCAUGUGGGACGAGAUCUUUCCCAAUGCUGAUUGGGUGACCAGUAAUGUGCCUCAGAUAAUUCAAGAAAACAUCGGAAACCAGGAGCAGACGUCCAUCUCUGAGGAUCUCAACAUGGAGACCUUGGUUCAAGCUCAUGACUAUAUAAUUGCCGGAGGCUGCCUGGCUGUGGGAUUCCGGUUUGCUGGGUCUGCAAAUUCAGACGCUUUUGACUGCUUAUACAAAUUUGCCCGAAACUUCAUGCAGUGUCUGACGACCUCGACGGCUACAGUGACAGGGCAGUAUAACCUGCAGACGUGUUUAAGCAUGGUCCUCCUGGCGGUUUCAAUGGUGAUGGCCGGUUCAGGGAACUUGAAAGUGUUGCAGCUGUGCCGCUUCUUCCACAAACGCACCUUUGGCGAGAUGAACUAUGGCUUCCACAUGGCCCAUCACAUGGCUCUGGGCCUGCUCUUCCUGGGUGGAGGGAGGUACACACUCAGCACCUCCAACUCGGCUAUUGCUGCCCUCCUUUGUGCACUUUAUCCUCAUUUUCCUGCUCACAGCACAGACAACAGGUAUCACCUCCAGGCGUUGCGCCACCUGGCUGUGCUCGCAGCAGAACCGCGUCUGCUGGUGCCUGUAGAUGUGGACACACUCAAACCCUGCUACGCUCUGCUAGAUGUCACCUACAGGGAGACACAGUGGUAUGAAGAGACGACCGUGGAGUUGAUGGCUCCCACCAUGCUACCUGAGCUUCACCUUCUGAAACGGAUUAAGGUAAAAGGUCCAAGAUAUUGGGAGCUGAACAUCGACAUCAGUAAAGGAACCCAACAUCUGCAAUCCAUCUUAUCCAAAGACGGCGUUCUGUAUGUGAAGUUGCGCGCCGGACAGCUGCCCUACAAGGACGACCCUCAAGGCUGGAAGAGCCUACUGGCCCCCAACCUCAACAGCAGAAGCGCUGAAGUGCACACUUUUAAGCCCGAGGCCAUCUCAACCUUCACCUCAGACGCAGCUCUGGUCUCCUUCGCUGAGUACUUCUGCAGAGCCUCGGAAAACAUGAAGCAUAAGCAGGAGACCGUGGCAUUACUGUCAGCAAUUCUGUAUGAAUGUGUGACACAGGAAUACCCAGAAAUGCUGCCAACACACAUCUCUAUUGACCAGGCCGUGCGGACUCUGGAGCGGGGCGAUCUCUGUGAGACGUUCAGUCUGUGGCAGAUGAAGCUGGUGCUGGAGUUGUGUGAGAGCCGAGUCCUGCAGCAGCAGCUCAGAGACACACGGCGUCAGGGCCACGGCCUGCUGCUCAGCUCUGAGUUCCUGCCCGUCAUGAAGAGCUCAGCCGACCGGGCCCUGGAUCGCUGGCUCUGUGAUAACAGUCACGUGCUGCAAGCGUACUUGAGAAGGCAGUCGAUGAACAACGACACUGAUGUCAGCAUGUUAGCCUGCUUCCUGGUCUACCAUUCCAUCCCCAGCCUCAAGAACAUGGUGGCGUCUGACCUGGAAGGUACGAUCACACUCAAACAGAAGCUAACCACUGGUCUGUUGAGAAAACGGGGUUCUUCUUGUUGA